CAAAUAUAAUUAGACGAUAUCGAUUAACUCCCUGUGGAAAAUGAAUAUCAUUUUCCAUAUAAUUUAGCUAAAAUGUUGGCAGUCAGAUUAUGGUAGUGAAACAAACCCGACCUAAAUUUGUUGUAAAGUUGUCAAAGUACAAAAAAAAACACCACUUCUUAUUUAGAAAGACAUGGAGUUUAUUGGAGACUCAGAUCAAGAAAAGAUCAUUGAUGAUUUGCAAAAAUGGUUUGAAGAGAACGAUAAGUUGCCUAAGAAAAUAAAUCGCUUACUCUUGACACGUUUCUAUUACUGCAUGUUCAAAGAUGUAGAAGAAACCAAAAACUUGAUUGAAAUCAACUAUGCCAUGAGACAAAGGGCACCCACCAUUUUUAUAACACGUGAUCCUACGGAUGAAGACACUCAAAAUUCUGCUGCAUAUGCCGACAUGGUACUAUUGCCAGGAAUGACACCAGACAACUGUCGAGUCUCAUUAUUAUAUAUAAAUAAUCCGGAUCCAAAAAUGAUGCAUCAUGCCCAAGAUAUCAAGGCCUAUUUUAUGGUCACCGAUUAUCGCUUUUCCAUGCCUGACAUGAUAACAAGUGAGGGCAAAGCACUGCUGGCAGAGGGAGAAAUCAAAAUUAUCGAUAUGAAGCACUUUACGCUGAAGCAUAUACCACGUUUAUCGAUAUGGGCUUUGCGAACGACCAUCAAAUAUUUGCAAGAAGCUUAUCCGGUGCGCAUUAAAAGCAUCCACAUUGUUAAUUGUCCACCGUAUAUGAAUAAAAUAAUAGCCAUUGUUAGGCCAUUUAUCAGUCAAAGAGUUUUUGAAUUGAUACACUUUCAUACAGAUGAUUUAGAGAGACUAUACGAUCAUGUUCCCAGGCAAAUGUUGGUUGAGGAACAUGGAGGUCAAGCUGGUAAAAUAUCGGAUUAUAAAGAGGAGCUUAUACAAUCUGUAACGGACAAGAGAGAAUAUCUUAUGGAUCUCGAUUACUGGAAGGUCUAAAAAUGCCACUACAGUUGUAGCUCUGGUAAAAACCUUUAAAAAUUUGCUGUUUUUAAAAUUAUAGUUUUGAGA